GUCCCGUUUGCCUCUAAAUGUCCCUUGUCCACACCCAGAAAUGCAAAGAGUCCCCGCUAUGCGAAACUCUGCCAGUUUUAGGAAGUGCCGCCGCCUCGAGAGCCUGCACACCAGAUCGCAGCAGACACAACUUCCUCCUCACGCGGGGCUGGGCGGGGCCACCGGAAGGGGCCUGGCGCAGCCUUGGUGACACGUCUCUGCCUGGUCAGCUUGAGCAGCCGCUGGGUCAGCGGGCAACAGGAGCGCAGGCCGCCCUUCCCCCGGGCUUCAGGAUGGACCUGUGCCACCCAGACCCAGCGGAGCUGAGCAGCGGGGAGACAGAAGAGCUGCAGCGGAUCAAAUGGCACCGGAAACAGCUUCUGGAAGACAUCCAGUUUCAGGUGUACCCCAAGAUGAUUGGACAAAUCUCUCCCUUACGCUGUGCCCACUACGGGGUAGCUACUCUGGUCAUUUCAUUUGCCCAUGGCCACCAUGAUCCCAGCCCCACUGGACCGUGAGCUCCGUGAAAGUGUGGGUUUGUCUUACCCACCACCACACCCCCAGCUCCAUAGCCAACGCAUAAAGCUGAAGGAUGAGAUCGCAGAUGUGUUUGCGCAGAUUGAUUGCUUCGAGAACGCGGAGGAGAGCCGCAUGGCCCAGAAAGAGAAGGAGCUGUGCAUUGGGCGUAAGAAGUUCAACAUGGACCCCAUGAAGGGUAUCCAGUACCUCAUUGAGCACAAACUGCUGAACCCCGACGUCCAGGACAUCGCCCGGUUCCUAUACAAGGGGGACGGCCUCAACAAGACGGCCAUCGGCGUGUACUUGGGGGAGAGGGAUCCCUUCAACCUGCAGGUCCUCCAGGCCUUCGUGGACUGCCAUGAGUUCGCCAACCUCAACCUGGUGCAGGCCCUCAGACAGUUUCUGUGGAGCUUCCGGCUGCCGGGCGAGGCCCAGAAGAUCGACCGGAUGAUGGAGACUUUUGCCACCCGAUACUGUCUCUGCAACCCAGGCGUCUUCCAGUCCACAGACACCUGCUACGUCCUGUCCUUCUCCAUCAUCAUGCUCAAUACCAGCCUCCACAAUCCCAACGUCCGGGACAGGCCGCCCUUCGAGCGCUUUGUGUCCAUGAACCGCGGCAUCAAUGAUGGCGGUGACCUGCCUGAGGAGCAGCUGCGGAACCUCUUCGACAGCAUCAAGAGUGAGCCCUUCUCCAUCCCUGAGGAUGAUGGCAAUGACCUCACUCAUACCUUCUUCAACCCCGACCGCGAGGGCUGGCUGCUCAAACUGGGCGGGCGCGUGAAGACGUGGAAACGGCGCUGGUUUAUCCUGACGGACAACUGUCUCUACUACUUCGAGUUCACCACUGACAAGGAGCCCCGAGGAAUCAUACCCCUCGAGAACCUCUCAGUGCAGAAGGUGGACGACCCCAAGAAGCCAGGCCCUCACCCGGGCACCCCCCACAGUUCUGCCUGGAGCUUUACAACCCCAGCUGCCGUGGCCAGAAGAUCAAGGCCUGCAAGACCGACGGUGAGGGCAAGGUGGUGGAGGGCAAGCAUGAGUCUUACCGAAUCUCCGCCUCCAGCGCCGAGGAGCGCGACCAGUGGAUUCAGGCCAUUCGAGCCAGCGUCACCCGCGUCCCCUUCUAUGACCUCGUCUCUGCUCGGAAGAAGAAGAUUGCCAGCAAGCACUGAGCUUCCCGGGACGCAGUGCCCAGGGGGACCCGUGACCUGCGGGGGGUCCUCAGCCAGCCCCUCCUGUGUCUUCAGCUGUGGCUUGGCCGGCCCUGCGGGAGGGACAUGCACACCGCACCGGACCGCUGGGAGCCGCCGGGAGGGCCGGGCCAGGAGCCCAGCACCCGCUCCCGUCUCCAGCCUGCGCGGUACCAUCUGCCAAGUCCUCUGGUUCUUAGAAAACUGCAGCGUUUGGAUAGAAACACGUGGCCCCCUCCUGUCUCUGUGCCCCCCGCAGCCCCAGCCCCGGGGGGCGGGAGCUUAGCGGUGCACAAGCUCCGCCUUCCUCCUUCCGGACUCCUUCCUUUCUGUAGAAGGAUCAUAGUGUACUGGAUCAGCCUCAGGAGAGGUCUGUGCUUGCGGACUGAGCGGAGGGGCUCCGACGGAAGGCUACCAGGAAGCCAAGAGCAGAGUGCACUCCGAUCUCAAGGAUGUCCAUUUUGGAGGAGGAGCAAGUGGGACCCCCCCCAGAAAGUGGCAGAAGGCAUCCCAAGCAGGUGUAUUCAGGCAGGGCUGGCGGUACAGCCAAGAAGCCCAAGAAGAGAGAGCUUUGUGGACUGUGGUUACCAGGAGGGCUGCCUGGAGGCGGCGCCCGUGCCAGUGAGUGGCGUAGAAGCUUGUGGCAGAGUCUCUGCCACCUCCGCCCCGCUAGGCCACUCACAGGGGUCAAGGGGAGGUAAGGGGCUGCCUCCGCCCGGUCCCAGCACACUAGGACCAGCACCAGCAAGGGCUGAGCUGACUUCCCAGCACACAGGCAGACAGCUCUGCCUCCAGGGAGGGCCCAGCCGGAAGGAGGAGGCCUGGAAUAGGCUCCUUCUCAGAAGCCCUUCUCACCCCCUCACCCUGGUGCCGGGAGAGUCCCUGGAGGGAAGUUCCCUGGCAGGAAACAGGGGUGCCUCCACCCCACUGCCAGCCUGAGUGGGCGAGCCAGAGCUAGGUGGAUUCCCCAGGGGAGGGGGGGCAAUCUCCACCCCCCCACCCCCGCGGACGCGGGCACACCUUUCAUGGAGUCAGGAUAGGCGGCUGCCUUGUGAGUGGUGAGAUCCUCGUCUCUGGAGGUGUGCCAGUGCCCGCCAGUGACGUGCUUCCAAAGUGGGUGUGGACUGGGCCCCUGCAGCGGGUCUGGGAGGACAUUUGAGGACUUCCACAGACCCCACGUGGGCCUGGGAGCUGAAUGCCACCUCUGCCACCCCAUGGGGCUCCUGAAGGGACAGCCAGGGGUCAUGGAAGGAGCCCUGGGCGGAGGAUCAUGGGCUCCCAGGUCCUCCCCCACCACUGCCAUACACCGGCCAUGUGGCCUCGGUCCACCCAUUUCCCUCUCUUGUCCUCAGGCCCCUCCCCCACCACUGAGAGGGUAGAAGCAGUGAUUUUCCGGCUGGAGUGGCUGUUCUGGGAAUCACUCAGAAGAGAGAAUAAAGCUCGAGACGCACUCUGGGA